AUGACAAUCGGUGAAUGUAUUCAAGCAUUUGAUCAUAUGACAUUAUGGGUUGGCAAUGCUUUACAAGCAUCACAAUGGUUUUGUUUACGUUUUGGAUAUGAACCACAUGCAUAUCGUGGUCUUGAAACAGGUUCACGUGAUGUUGUUUCACAUGUUAUUAAACAAAAUAAGAUAAUCAUUGUUUUUCAAUCACCAUUAUUACCUGAUAAUCAAGAAUAUGGUGAACAUCUUGUUCGACAUGGUGAUGGUGUAAAAGAUGUUGCAUUUACUGUUAAUAAUCUUGAACAAAUUAUUGAACAAGUUAAAGCUAAAGGAGGAAAAAUUGUCAAAGAUAUUUGGACAGACACUGAUCAACAUGGUUCAGUUAAAAUGGCCUGUAUUCAAACAUAUGGGGAUACAACACAUACAUUAGUUGAACGUGGUAAUUAUUCUGGUUUAUUUUUACCAACUUAUCAAGAACAUCCAAUGAAAAAUAAAGAUCCUUUAUUAGAAAAACUUCCAGAAACUAAACUUGAUUUUAUCGAUCAUAUUGUUGGUAAUAUGCCAGAUAAUGAAAUGGAAAAUACAACAAAAUGGUAUGAAAAUACACUUCAAUUUCAUCGUUUUUGGUCAGUUGAUGAUAGUGUUAUACAUACACAAUAUUCAUCACUUCGUUCAAUUGUUGUAUCAAAUGCACAAGAAACAGUUAAGAUGCCUAUUAAUGAACCAGCAUCAGGCAAAAAGAAAUCACAAAUCCAAGAAUAUGUUGAUUAUUAUGGUUCAUCAGGUGUUCAACAUGUUGCAUUAAAUACAUCGGAUAUUAUAACAAGUGUAACCAACCUUCGUGAACGUGGUACACAAUUUUUACAAGUACCCAAUUCUUAUUAUACUGAUUUAAGAGAACGUCUUAAACAUUCCAAAGUACAAAUUACUGAAGAUUUAUCCAUUAUUGAAAAAUUGCAUAUUUUGAUUGAUUAUGAUGAUAAUGGAUAUCUUUUACAAAUUUUUACAAAACCAGUUGAAGAUCGCCCAACAUUAUUUUUUGAAAUCAUUCAACGUAAAAAUCAUACUGGUUUUGGUAUUGGUAAUUUUAAAGCAUUAUUUGAAGCAAUUGAACGUGAUCAAGAAGCUCGUGGAAAUCUUUAA